AUGCAGACUUCUCUCUUCUCAGGACUCAGGCGGGAGGCAUUGGACCCCUGUCCCCAGCGAAAAGGGGAGGCGCCCCUCUGGGAAGAGGCCUCGGGCAUCCUCGUGCCCAGCGUAGACCUCCAGCUGCGUCCGUGGAGCCGGCCCCACCCCACACGAACCGCCGGAUCCCCGAGGGUUCGCGAUCCCGCAGGUCCGCGCUGGGGUCCCCAAGCGAACGCGCCGCGCCCCACCCGCCGGGCACACUCACCUGCGCCGCCGCCGCCGCCCUGCGCGCUCCCGGCUCGGCCCUCCGCAAACUCCGGCCCGGGCCUCUCCCGCAGGGGCGGCUGGAGGGCGGGGUCGGCGCCCGCGUCCGACCAAUCAGGAGCGGCCGUCCGAAGCUCGCGGCCAAUCCACAACGCGCCUUCCCGCUUCGGGUGGACCCGACGGAAACAUUCCAGAGGGAUCCCUCCGCCUCCCCCGGCUCAUCAAGAACCCCCGCGCCGCGGCUCAGUGGACCUUCCCACCCCGCCUAAGCCGCGGUGGACUGUACCACUGCACCUCACUGAGGGGGAAGCUGUGGCUGGACAGCGGCCAAUCGCGGGGAAGAAAGGAGACAAGCCACCAAUGGGAAGCUGGGGUCCCUGGGCCACGUGCAGUUGGCUAAGCGUCCGCCUGGAUACAUCAACCAGGAAGACGAAUGUACUCCUGGGAGAGAGAAUGGCGCGUGCAAAGGCCUGGAGGCUGGACAGAGAGAUUACAGCACCCUUUAGGAUAUAGUGCAAUAUCGUAGGAGCUAGCAAGGCAGUGUGAAAGGACGGGAUGGCCUAUUUGUUGGUUGGUUAGACCAGAGAAUAUUUACUGAACAUAUACUAUGUGAUAGAUUACAGAGGGUACCCAGCCGAUCCCAGUCUCCCCUCAGGGAGCUGACCUUUCACGAGUCGGCUUCGUCCAUCUGCUCCAUCCCUUACCCUGUCCUCGCCCUACCUCGGUCCCGGCACUGGCACAGAGCAGAGUCUCAGCACACAUGUGUGUAUAGAAGGCCCAGGUAAUCUCACCAUCGCCAGGUUUGGCUUGUAACCGGGAUUUCUCAGGGGGGAGCAGGUCCAAGAAACAAAGACAGAAACCACCUCCCGCAGGCCUGGACGCUCAGUUCCAGAAACAAGGUGAGAUUUCCUUGUUCUACUUCAAAGCUGGCCUCUUGGGCAGCUGGGGCUGGAUCAGGAGUUCGCCGUGUGUUCUGGGAAUCGUAGUUCUUCGAGGCCUCUGACUGCUGCGACCCUGCUCAAGCCUUGCUGAAUGACUGGGUCCUUGCUGUCCCCAGGAUGAGCUGCUGUGCUUCCCAGACACGCCACAGCCUGCAGAGGAGCAAACUUAAAGGGGAGAAUGGGUGCUGGGUUUAGCUGCUGGGCUGCCCAGCAGGCCCCACCCAGUUGGCAAACACUGUGAUUGCCAUGGCAACAGGCACAGCUAUUGUCCUUCUCUUCCUGUUCUGCUGACCUCUGCCACCCACACUGAGCAAUCAGUUGCCUUAGCUGGGCCAGUGUCCUCCGUUGGAUUGUACCCAUAGGCCUGCUUGCCCCUGGCAUCUUAGCUGCGCCCCACAUACCUGGAGAGGACAGUUGUGGGGCUGUAGGGAGAGCUGAGUCCUGGGCAGAAUCCACCUGCAUCCACCUGUUGACUCCCAAGGAAGUGCCCUAGGGAGGGGGUGAGUGGGUUGUCCAAGAGCAGAGAGCAGUGCCGGACACCUCCUUUCCGAUUUUAUAGCUCAAGAGGAGUGUCUGAAAACGGAGGCUGAAAGGUCCAGCUGGUGAGGAGCUCAAAUUUGAGUGGCCCCUCUGCCUCUUUGAGGAAAAAAAAAAAAAAAUCUGGAAUGCCAGCUAAUAGAUGCAGAAGGGAAGGUUGAGUUAGAAAAUCCCCAUUUUGCAGCCAGUAGAGGAAAAAUUGAUUCAGGCUAGGCUCCUUAAUGCAAAGUAGAUAUUCAGACAAUCUCAAAGGAGCAGGAUAGAUUACUUGUUAAUUACAAUAGGGAAAAGGUACUUUGGAAAUGGCACAGUGGAGAAACCUGGCAGCCACCACCUUCACCGAGUGAUCAAAGUUAAAUCACCAGGGAUGGGAGAGGCCAUCCUCGGAGUCUUCUGCUGUGUUGUACUGAGGACACAUCACCUGUGAAGCACUUGGUGCUGCCCAAGCUGUUUAACCUGAAUCUAAUCAUGAGGAGACAAUCAAACAUACCCUGAUUGAGGGACAUUAAAAAAAAAAAAUGGCCUGAACUAUUCUAUGUCAUGAAGGCAAAAUCAAUCCAUUAAUUGAAUGAAUGAAUGAAUGAAUAAAAGGCUGGGGGACAGUUCUAGAUUGAAAGAAACUAAAGAGAGAAGACAACCAAAAUCAAUGUGUACAAUCCUUGAU